AAAGAAAAGACUGAGAUCCUAAAAGUAAGGGCAGAGGAGGAGAGCAGGAGUGAUCCCCAAUGUUGCUGCAGGAAACAGGAAAAAUAAGAAACACUGGAUGAUGUGACUUUUGUCCUGGCCAGUGAUACAGUUUUGAGGAGUAAGAAGUAGGGGAAAGUGAAGGCAUCUUGUCUGAAAAGAAGAUAAAAACCUACUGUGCUCCCAAAGGAACUGCCUACAGCCAUAGCAGAUUGCUGGGACCAUUUGGGCUUUCGGGACCUCGGACCAGGCCCUGGCCCAGUAGGAUGCCCCCGUGUCCUCCCCAGCAGAGCAGGAACAGGGUGACACAGUUGCCCACUCUGGAGCUGGGUGAGAUGGAAUUGACUUGGCAAGAGAUCAUGUCCAUCACUGAGCUGCAGGGCCUAAAUGUUCCAAGUGAGCCAUCCUUCGAGCCCCCAGCCCCAUACCCUGGGCCCCCGCCGCCUCCAAGUUACUGCCCCUGUUCAAUCCACCCGGAGGCUGGCUUUCCCCUUUCUUCACCACCUUAUGAGCUCCCAGCACCCACAUCUCAUGUCCCAGACCCCCCAUACGCCUAUAGUAACAUGACCUUACCAGCCUCCAAGCCGCUGACCCUCUCGGGCCUGCUCAGUGAGCCCCUCCCAGACCCCUUGGCUAUCCUGGACAUUGGGUUGUCAGCGGGGCCACCCAAGCCCCAAGAAGACCCAGAAUCCGACUCAGGAUUAUCCCUCAACUAUAGUGACGCUGAAUCUCUUGAGCUGGAGGGGACGGAAGCUGGUCGGCGUCGCAGCGAGUAUGUAGAGAUGUACCCAGUGGAGUACCCCUACUCACUAAUGCCCAACUCCUUGGCCCACCCCAACUAUGCCUUGCCACCUGCCGAGACCCCCUUAGCCUUAGAGCCCUCCUCCUCGGGCCCCGUGCGGGCCAAGCCCACUGCACGGGGGGAGGCGGGGAGUCGGGAUGAGCGUCGAGCCCUGGCCAUGAAGAUCCCCUUCCCUACGGACAAGAUCGUCAACUUGCCAGUAGAUGACUUCAACGAGCUGUUGGCACGGUACCCGCUGACGGAGAGCCAGCUGGCACUAGUCCGGGACAUCCGAAGGCGGGGCAAGAACAAGGUGGCUGCCCAGAACUGUCGCAAGAGAAAGCUGGAGACCAUCGUGCAGCUGGAGCGGGAACUGGAGCGGCUGGGCAGUGAGCGGGAGCGCCUCCUCCGGGCCCGAGGUGAGGCCGACCGGACCCUGGAGGUCAUGCGCCAACAGCUGACGGAGCUGUAUCGUGACAUUUUCCAGCACCUGCGGGAUGAGGCAGGCAACAGCUACUCCCCUGAAGAGUAUGCAUUGCACCAGGCUGCUGAUGGGGCCAUCUUCCUGGUGCCCCGGGGGACCAAGAUGGAGGCCACAGAUUGAGCUGGCCGGAGGGUUGGGGCUGGUGAUGGAGGUUUCCUUCAUUCUCUUCUGAUAAAGGUGCUCCCCAACCGUGAGGCCCAGAAGGAGCUGAGUUCUGUAGACCAGGAGGGACCACAGUGGGAAACCUGGCAUUUGGAAGGUCCAAGGCGUGUUCAGUGAGGCUUGCCUGGAGGCAAGGACGUGAGGGGAGGGCUGGAAUCUCUCUUCCGUGAUUCAGUUUCCCAGGUCUCCAAUCUCGUCUGAGCUUUGGUAUAUAAAGCACUCUACAGAAAUAGC